AUGGAUGUUAUAAUACCAUCAACUUCAACAUUACUCUUCCCAGAUUUGAUGACACGAGAUGAACUUCUUACUCUUUUAAAGUAUAAAUUCAAACGAAUUGGUAUCAAUACGAGUAAGUUAGUUAAACUUACAGAUGUUCAAUUAUUGGAACAGUUCAAAAAAUUUGCAAUGCCAAAACCACAGCGGAAGGAAUGUAUUCCUGAAAAUUCUCAGAAUAAGAUGAGUAAUAUUAAAGAUUCAGAUGAUUCGAGAAAAAUAUCAAUGAAUGAAUUAAUGAUUUCGGAAUCAGUGUGCAAUAGAGCUAAGUCGAUUAACGGAUGGCGAACAACUGCUUACGGAAAACGAUGUAAUGAUAAUAGUAGUAGUAGUAGUAUAGAGCAUCAUAAUAUGGCGAAAAAUGCUCGGAAGCAUUCACCUAUACGUUUUCCAUAA